GCAUUUCUCUUCUUUUGGUGGUUUCGGAUUACUCGUUUGGUGGGCUUCGCCACUACAAAAUUGAAAAAAAAAUUAUAUUUUGGAAGAAGUAAUUGAAAAAUUCCUUUUGUAAAGAUGCCGAAGGCUCCCAAAAUUAAUGUUAAAGAAAAAGUUGUGGACGAUAAUAUAUGCGAUUUGAGUUUAUGCGAAUUAAAAGAAAUACCGGUGAAAGAAAUUGUUGCCCUUAAACGUGUCACUGUUUUGGAUUUGUCCAGUAAUCUCUUGCUGUCAUUGGGUAAAAAUUUCACCACUCUCACACGCUUGGUCAAAUUGGAUUUGAGUAAAAAUCAAAUAAGAUUUCUACCCGAUGACUUUGGACUCUUGAGAAAUCUACGCCAUUUGGACUUGUAUAACAAUCAAUUGGAACAUUUGCCUUUGAGUUUUGGUGACUUGACAAAUUUGCGUUAUCUGGAUUUAAAGGGAAAUCCCUUAACGCCAGCUUUGGCUAAAAUAGUGGGCAUAAAUUUGACCAUGAAGGAUUGUCAGGAGUCGGCAAAGAGAACAGUCAGAUUUAUGUCCAGCAUGCAAAUAGAGGCCAUCAAAGCCAAGGAACAGUACAAGCAAGAACUUUUACUUAAACAAAAUGCCCAUGUUACGGAUGAACCUGACUGCGGUAGUACUGGGGCAGAGCAACACAAAUCAAAAAAGGCCAAAAAAUCGAAAUCGAAAAAGAAAGCCAACAAUGCGGGGGAAGCGGCGGCGUCCAACAAAAACUCUGCAGCCUCAGCAACACUGGGAACAAAUGACAACAUUACCAUAACCAAGGCUAGCAAGACGAAAAAAUCCGCUAAUGGCUCACUUAAGGGCCAUAACGGCCAUCUACAAACUUCCUCAAGUACAGCACUAACAUCUUUGAUCAUUUUCUUGCUAAUGGUGGCAUUCAAUGUGGUGCUCAUCUACAUGAUAAUGUUUAAAAAUCCCGAGAUUGCCGAGAAACUGGUGGAGGCAAUACCGCAUCAAUAUCGCGAUUGGAUCUUAACUAAAACGGAAAUAUUUCGCUUGCGUGUGACCGAUUGGAUUACUCAAUUUCGUACACCACCCGAAGAACACUGACGGUUCAUCUAUUUGAAGCCAUAGGAGUAGCAGACAUAACACCAUGUUGCUCUGGGAAUUUUAUGGACACUCGUAGUUUAUCUGUGAUAAACUAUCGAUAAUGGAUGGCUUCAAAUAGAGUUGUAGUUUUUUUUCGCAUUUGGCAUAACCCCCUACCCACGCCCAAAUUCUAGCCUAACCUGGGCCCACUAAAGAGACAUUUUGUAUUGACUAUGAAUAUUGUAUUUGGAAAUCGUAUACACACAUUUUGAAUAGUUUUUUAAACAUAUAUUUAGUAGCUCAUAAUUACCAAAGAAAUUUUGUCUAAAGUUUCUCCAAAAAAAAAGAAUUUUUUUUUUUUUUUAUAAAUCUCACCUCCCCUUUUGUAAUUAUAAGAAUAUUUUUUUUUGAAAUUGAAUAGUGUGCAUAACUGCCAUUAAUGUUAGAUAAUAUGCUACCAUUAAAAUAAACACCUAAGUCAACAUUUUAAAUUAUAUAUUGAGUUGCCCAAAAGGUAAUUGCGGAUUUUUCAUAUAGUCGGCGUUGACAAAUUUUUCCACAGCUUGUGACUCUGUAAUUGCAUUCUUUCUUCUGUCAGUUAUCAGCUGUUACUUUUAGCUUGCUUUAGAAAAAAACUGUAAAAAAGUAUAUUUGAUUAAAGUUCAUUCUAAGUUUUAUUAAAAAUGCAUUUACUUUCUUUUAAAAAAAUCCGCAGUUACUUUUUGGGCAACCCAAUAUUUACAAAUACAAAUUUUUCUUAUUAUUAUUUUUCUAAAAAAUUUUUAAAAACGUAUAACGUCCAUACUUUUUUGUUUUUGUAGUUUAAGAAUGAAUCUUCUCAACUCCUUGAUUAUUGAUUAUCAACAAAAGUUAACAACAAAGACAUUUGCAAAAAGAAACACCAAACAACAAGUUUGCCAUGCUUAAAGCCUGGGAGAAAACCAGAAUUCCUUUCCAUGUUUCAUAAACACCAACUACAACUACAACUACAUCUUACCACCAUUAAAGUUUAUAGUCCUUAUACACAAAAACCUUAAUCACUUGAUACAUACACCAACACCUCCAUACACAUAUAUACCUAAUUAUCUAUACAUGCAUAAACCGAUAUUCAAAUCAACCAUAGUUCCAUACUCUACUAAAAUAGUAAUCACAAAGCCACCUUUUUUCUAAUUUUUGAAAUAAGCUCACACACUCUUGUACACAGUCACCAAGGCUUUGCUGUGUGUUCUACUCUAAGUAGACCAUGGACUUGUGCCAUAAAGAGAAAAACUUAAACUAACUACUUUGGAAGCUAUCUCAGAACAAUAGUUAUAAUGAAUUAUAAAUAGUAUUAAACGCAAGACUAUCUUAAAUCCGAAUCCGCAUAAAUCCAUAUUUGUUUUUAAUUUUUUUUUUAUUUAAAAUGCAGAUUUUUAUUUCAAUUCAUUGCCAUAUCAUCGUUUUAUGCUUGGUUUUCCCCUCAUUGUUAACUUGUGUUGAAUAAAGACCAGACGAUCAGUGGCCACAUGGUAUUAGCACGUUUGAAAGUGAGGUACUCGUACCAAUAGCAUUUUUUAAAAUCUAAUAUAAAUUCAACUCAAAAACAAAUACGACAACAUAACCUCACAUAACCACUGCAGCUUGCACAGUUGUCAGGGAUACAAUGUGCUACGUAAGGAUCGCUUAAGGAAUGGACACACCAUUCCCUGCAAUAUAGA